CCCGUUCCGAUGGGAAACCACUUCCGGCAAUGCUGGCGUUUGCCCAGAAGGGACUCCCCGGGCCUUUUAUUUCGCACACCUGGCGUUUCUCUUCGGAGAGAGGACACCAAGCCGGAAGAGGAUGGCUGCGGCCGCUCUGAAGAGAUUUUGGUCCCGAAGCCGGGAAGAGGCGGUUGAUGCUGCGGCGGCAAAGCCUGGCGUGUGGGCGCGGUUAGGUGCCUGGUCCCGGCGGCUGCUGUGGCUGCGGGGUCGAGGCUGCCUGCGCCACGUAAGCCUGGGCCUCUUCUCGCUUGUGUACGAGGCGCCCUUCGACGCCCAAACCAGCCUCUACCAGGCCCGCUGCCGCUACCUGCAGCCCCGCUGGACCGACUUCCCGGGUCGGAUCCUGGACGUGGGCUUCGUGGGCCGCUGGUGGGUUCUGGGGGCCCGGAUGCGCGACUGCGACAUCAACGACGACGAGUUCGUCUACCUGCCGGUACAUCUGCGCGUCGUCGGGCCGCAUCAGCUGCACUCGGAGGCCAAUGAGCGGCUCUUCGACGAGAAAUACAAGCCUGUGGUGCUCACCGACGAUCAGGUGGACCAGGCGCUGUGGGAGGAGCAGAUGUUACAGAAGGAGAAGAAGGACCAGCUCGCCCUGAGCCAGGCCGACUCGAUGCUGAAAUCAGAGGUCGCGAGAUGAAACCUGGUGGGGAACGGCUCUGAGACCCGACAGAAUGUUCGCCUGGGAUUGUGCAAUUGGUGUGAGCGAGCCUCAGAUGCAGAGUGAUUGACAUAAAUUAUGUGUGGAGUUCUCUCCCUGGGUUUUCACAGAGUUGGGGGCCUCCCUCUCAUCUAUUCCUUGUAAGCCAACCGCUAAUGCAGCGCCUCCUUGGUCUAGGAGUUGGGGAAAGCAGAGCGAUAUGCCCUGUAAUGUUUAUCACUGCCAGAGCUGGUAAUGAGCCUUCUGCGUAAAUAAGCCUUCCUCUCUGGGCUUCACGGUUUCCAACUGAGGUAUCACAGUUACUGGGUGAUUUCCAAGCUCUCCUAAGAACUUGAAAUGUUGAUCCUCUAUUUCCACGAGUAACAUCUUUUAAAAUGUUGGAAUAAUUGUAGUUGCAGAAACUGGAAGAAUAAUAGAGGCAUGCUGGUAGCCUUCACCCAGCUUCCCCCAAAUGGUAAUGGUCUAUAUAAGCAAUACAAACCAGGAGAUUGACAAUUGUAUGACUGGAUUUUACAGGAAAGUUUUUUGCAAAAACAACCUGCUUUUUACCAUAUGUGUAUUGAUAGUGAUGUUAAAGUGACUUGGAGGGAUAAAGCAUUUUCUGACCUAGAAAUCAGUAUGAAAUCUUAGCUUCUGGUGAUGUUAUACUUCAGUAACCCUGAAAAUACACAAUCCCAUGGAAAGGAAUAUGUUGGUGUACAUAGCUGGGUUAUAGAAGUCAUAUUUUUAAAACUAAAGUAUUAGAGGAAUGAGGCUACCUCUGUCACCUAGGUGGCCUGUGGCUAGCUAAUAAACCAGGAGUUGAAACAACCA